AACGCGCAUGCAAUCCUGCUGUCGCCCCAGCGCCGUGGCUCCAGAGGGAAAACGACUGCUGCUGGCGGAAAGCUCACUGGAAAGCAAGUGUGAAACAGGUCGAUUGUCGAUCUCCAGGUUGAACGGACUUCGACUCCGUGAAGGUCUCUGAUUUGCAGGAAGCUUGUUGACACACCACAAAGCUACCUACUGUACAUGUAGGAAUCUUGCGAAAAGUCUUUCUGCCCUUUUUGAUCAGAAGCUGCAUUUGCGACUUAAAUCAUCAAAAGGACUUCUGCUCUCUCAACGCAUUGCUCUCGAACCCGACCGACAAGUUUUUACGUUUCCUUGCUUCCUUUCACUCUACGUUUUCUUGUUCAAGCCAGCCACGAUGUCUCAGGAGUACUCAGAGACCGCUCAGGGCACGUCCGUGGACAUGCCCAAGGGUGACGUCAUCCCAGAGCCCAGGCAGGAGGCCAUCAAGACGGGGCCGCAACUCGGGACGGACCCCCAAAACGCGCAGGAGGCGUAUGAUAAGCAGCAGGAGGGGCGCAUUAAGGGUGGCCAGACCCGUGCCAAGCAGCUUGGCCACGAGGGCUAUGUGGAGAUGGGGCGGAAAGGCGGCAAGACACGAGGGAACCCGGCAGAAGGCGCCGAGUUCGCAGGAAAGCCAGAGUACGAUUAUUUGAAAGCACCCGGUGAUAAGAACUAGACAGAGUGUUAGAAAAGGAUCGAGCCUGGCCGUCGAUGAGAAUUGUACAUAGCUGUGGUUAAUGUUGGUGACGUUUUUCAAGACUUUGGGUGACAAGAGGACUUUGUCAAAGGUAUUGCCUCCUCCUUGAGGGGAUUUUUCAGUAUUGCUCGUUGGUAUGAA